CGUUAAAUGCUUAGACAGUGUCAAAGUAUAGUUAAUAUCAGAUGCUGUCCUCGAUUUUCGACCGAAUUUGUGAUUAUUGAUAACAUUUAUGUGCAUAUAUGUGAGGAAAGUGACUGUCGGACAGAGGCUGGACUAAAGGAAGGGUCAAACUCUCUGGACUGUUUGUGGGAUUCACAUUCAGUCUUGUGGUCGACACAGAGGAGUGGAGAUAUUUGUACCACACAAAGGAUUAAAUCCAAUAAACGCAGUGCAUGAUACAGGUUUAAAGAUUUGUGCGACUGGAAGCUGUGAGGAGAACUUUACAGUUGGAUUAUGUGACUUAGUUUCGACGUUUAAUUUUUUAUUCGUUUGUUUAUUGUUUAUUUUAUUGCGAACGCAGGAAACGGUUAAAAUUCGUGAAAGGAAAAGCGUUAAACGCGAACUUUAAGGUAAACUGGCAGACUCAGCAUGUGGAAUAAAUGCACAAGGAAAUGCCAAAAUAUUAUACGCCAACCUAUGCAGAAAUAUUGAUGUGAAUGGAAAUGGCGAACACUCUGGAGAGGGAGAUUUUGGAGCGGGAACUCCGUCCACGCUUGUGUUAUUUAACUAAAGGAGAUGGCGGGUAUGGGUUUCAUCUUCACGGGGAGCGCAGCCAAGGAGCGCAAUACAUCCGCAAGAUCGAGCCCGGUUCCCCAGCGGACCUGUCCGGUCUUAAAUCGGGCGAUCGGGUGGUGGAGGUGAACGGGGAGAACGUGGAAGGAGAAACCCAUCAACAGGUUGUCCAGCGGAUCUUGGAAGUGGACCACCGCACCAGGUUGCUGGUAGUAGACCGGGUCACAGAUGAGUUUCUUAAGUUUCACGGUCUACCGUGUACGGAGGACAGGGCGAUCGAGAUGGGGUCUCUCUCCUCGCGAUCCUCCGCGGCAUCCUCACCCCGCGCCUCCCCUCGAGACUGCGCCACACCUACAUACAGCAGGCAGACCUCAGAGGGGAUUUUAAUAAACAAGAGUCCCAGUGCCCCUGGAGGAGUGUUAAAUGGCUCUCCGCUGUACAGAGCUCACGCUCGCCUGACAUCAUCUUUGUACCUGUUGCCCUCCUCCCCUUCUGAACCCAAAACUGCAUCCUUUGAACCCAGCACUGAACCACAAACUGAACCUGACACUGAAGACAACGUUACGGACAGUGCCGAAACCAGCACCGACUUCAGCUAUGACCACACUCAACAAACAAAAACAACCACAAAGGUGGAGAUACUAUCAGAGGGGGACGUGGUAACCAAGGACCUGCGUCCACGCUUGUAUCACAUGACCCUGAGCGAGCACGGCUACGGCUUCAACCUGCACUGCCAAAAAUCUCGUGCUGGCCAGUACAUCCGCUCCGUGGACCCGGGCUCCCCAGCGGAGCGUGUGGGAUUGAAGCCAAAAGAUCGUCUUAUCGAGGUGAAUGACAGAAGUAUAAAGGGUCUGCGUCAUGCUGAGGUGGUGGCAUUGAUCAAAGCGGGUGGUAGAGAAACGCGUUUGUUGGUGGUCGACCCUGACACAGAUGAGCUCUUUAAAAAUCUGGGCAUCACCCCAACGUCUACUCAUCUCAAAGAAGACUGUGUGGAUGGGCCAAUAAUACAGAGUGCAGAGGCGAAGCUUUCAAACACAGUGAACACCGUGUCUGCUUCACCUGCCACAGACGUCUCCAGGAUCUCUCCACCCAUCAUAAACAUAACACUGACCGAUCCACCGAUUACAAACGGCUCUCCACGACACAAGAGUUACGGAAGCUCCUCCUCCCAUUCCACGUUAUCAGAAAUUAGUGCUGAACUGACCAGUUUUGAAACCAGCAACAAGGUCACUGAUUCUGACCAUUACUCCAGCGAUGAAAUCCAUAACGCUCACCGAGAUGGAAAAUCUAAGCAGCGUCUAGCAGACUCGUUUAGUGAGAACGGUCUGCAUCUAAGCCUGACCGCAGCGGAGGCGAGGCAAAAAGCCAUGGCCAAACGAGCCAAUAAGAGAGCGCCCCCUAUGGACUGGAGCAAGAAACAAGAAAUCUUCAGCAACUUCUGAAGGAACACAUCUACAGUUUUCAUUUCUGCAAAAACUGAACCCAAGAAAUCUUUAUUUUAGAUCUUUUAUCA